AUGGAGUUGCUUUCCCCCGAGCUCCCUCAGCGCUUAGCCCAGCUUCCGCCUUACAAACCCCAAAAAGGAUCGGGGCUCUUGGGGCGUAUUAUUUAUCCCCCUUCCGUCUAUUCCCCACACCGUAGUCGGCGGGAUCCGCUUGAUCCCCAGUUCUCCGCGUCGAGGAUGAGUCCGAACUUUUAUUUGGGCCUCAACGCCCCUUUUGGGGUUGGGGAUUGGGCGAAUGAAUCGGACUGGGAAAUUCGAAAGAAUGGAUUGCAAUAUUACAGUACGUUGGAUACUUAUGAGGUGAUGGAUUGCGAACCGGGUAGGGAAGCGGACCUGCUCGCUUCUCGCCCAGAUCUCAUUCCUUUCAAGGAGGAGGAGCUUCAGGCGAUAUUCCACAAUUAUAAAUGA